GUAUCCCAACCUCCAGUGGCUGGUGCGGCAUGAUGACGACGUGUACCUGCGCGCGCCAGCUCUGCUGGCACAGCUGGCGAGUCGGCCUCCAGUACGCUACUUGUGGGGGAUGAUUGACCACGGCUCCAGUCCGGUUCGAGAUCCGGAGCAUCAGCACUACAACUCCUACGACCAGUUCCCAAAGCAAGAUCACCCGUCCUGGGGAGAUAUCUUCCCACCCUACGCCCGCGGUUUGCUCUGGGCGAUGUCUGCUGAUCUCGUGGCGGCCAUCGUGGAAGCCUUCAAUGCAGAUGUGGAGGAUCGCGCAGGCGAAGUUCUUGGCGAGGCAGCUGCUAACACUGUUCCGCAUCCCGAUGAUCCAGCCGUGGGCGUGUUGAUCGCCGGCCUCGUGCAAGGCGGCAUGUCCAUCAACCUGGAUGAUCGCGAUUUCAACUCAUUCUCCCUCAACCCAUCCUGCAGCUGGGCCUGA